UUUGUACCAAGAAUAUUUAUUCGGCCACAGUUGUGUCUAGUGCAGCAGUCGGUGGCGUCACUGAGUUGCUGACAGUUGUGGAAGAAGUGUCAGUUGAACCAGGGAGUUAGAAGGGUCAUCAUGUUUUCGAUGCUGGGAGAGUUCAACAUGGUGCAGGGUCUCGCCCGGGCAGUUGCGGGCCGCUUCGCCCACUCGCUGCCUCUGGGUCUGGCCGCCGAGCUGGCUCAGCCGGUGCUGGAGCUGGUGUGGCGCUACUACUGCCUCUACCGGGACGGCGACGGCGACGGCCCCGGGGGCGAUGCAGACGUGGUGCUGAGCCGCAGCCCUCAGGAGCCGUGGCUGGCGGCGGUGGUGGCGUCCAUCAGGAGGCGCCUGAGCCGCGGGGGGGACGGCGUCUACCUGCUCUCCAGAGACACGGCGCUGCGCGUCAGGGGCGAACUCGUGUUAAACUAUCUUAGGCCAGACUUCACAUUGCGAAGAUUACAAAAUGGCGAUUUAGAAGUUAUGGUGCGCGGGCGCCCGGUGGGGGUGAUGGAGCGCCUGGACAGCGGCCCGCGCCGCCGCAGGAGCGGCCAGAAGCCCUCGGUGAUCCUGGACGCCUCGGGCUGCCCUGGCGAGGUGCGGGCCGCCUACGUGUACCCGCAGAGCAGGGCGCGGCUCCAGAAGCAGGCGCGGCUCCAGAAGCAGGCGCGCUCCUCCACCCGGCUGUCCUCCAGCGACGACUCCGUGAUGUACGUGUGCUCGGCGCGCGCCCGCAGCAUGGUGGCCAUGUCCGGCCCGCUGUCCGAGCUGUCCGAGCUGUCCGAGCUGUCCGAGCUGUCCGAGCUGUCCGAGCUGUCCGAGCUGUCCGAGCUGUCCCCCGUGUCGCGGCGCUGAGCCUCGUCGGCCUACCUGCAACCCGCUCCCAGUAGCCUGUGGACAUUCAUUCAAAAUUAUAACUUGAACUAAUAUAGCAUAAUUGUGAGAAGAAUGGAUUGUUAGCCUGUGGACAUUAGUUUAAAAUUAUAACUGGACCUAAUAUAGCAUAAUUGUGAAUAGAAUGGAUUGUUAGCCUGUGAACAUUAAUUUAAAAUUAUAACUCGAACUAAUAUAGCAUAAUUGUGAGGAGAAUAGAUUGUUAGCCUGUGGACAUUAGUUUAAAAUUAUAACUGGACCUAAUAUAACAUAAUUGUGAAUAGAAUGGAUUGUUAGCCUGUGAACAUUAAUUUAAAAUUAUAACUUGAACUAAAUAUAGCAUAAGUAAUUGUGAGAAGAAUGGGAUUGUUAUGGAUGUUAUUUAAAGAUUAAUUUUAUACCAAAAUAACAAAUUACCUUAAUUUUAUAUUUAUAUUGUAAACUUUUCAUUUAUAUUGUAAAUUUUAUUAAAGUUUUAACGAAAUGUUUUAAGAACUUAAAUUACAA